CCCAUAGUGCUAAACUAGGGCGAUGAUAAUGUCCGCUGUUGCUUGAUUACUCCAGUCGGUCCAGAGUGCAGUGACAUCAAGUCCUUGGAUCUGCUCUAAUCAUUUUCAAUUUGAGUUCUCUGUCUUCAAUCUCUCAUUCUCUCUCUCUCUCUCACGAUGGAUCCAAACCCUAAAAAAUUCCCAAUUCUCUCCUAUGUCAUGUCCCGAAUCAAUUCUAACCUUCCCCAGCUGGGUACUAAAACCCUCGCCGGUUCCGACUCGCUUCAGUACGACGUCGAACAACCACCUAUUCCGUCCGAUGACUCAAGCUCCAGCAAAGUGGCUGGGCCGUUGACAGAGAAGAUGCCCCAUUUGAAUCACCCGAAGGUCCUCGCUUCCAUGACCCUUGCUGUCUCCGACGUUGCGCAAGCUCGAUCUAUCCUCCAAACCCUCGGGGACCGUCCCGAUCACGAGGCCGUUGAUACAGCCCGAGCCAAGAUCGCCGAGAUUGAAGCGAGGCUGUCCAAGCAGCUUGAAGAUAUCGUCUUAGCACCUCGUCCUGAUGGCGUCGAUCGACUGCAAUGGCGCUCUCAGCAGGCGGAGAAGGAGAAGGAAUGUCGACAGGCGGCAGAGAAGGAGAAGAACAUUUACAAAGCAGUGGUGCAAUUGGACGGCAUGCACGAGGCCUACGAGAAACUGUUGAAGGAUGCCGAGGAAAGGCUGGUCAGGAUUUAUGAUUCCGCCGCCGCGGCAGAGGGGCACCCGGAAGACUCUGUGCCCACGGCCGAUGAAGAAGUAAAUGAAGAAGUUGUUGGGAUCUUGCAAGAGGCGCUCGGGAAGGGAUUGGAGAGAGUGGAGCUUCCCGGGCGCCAACUAAGGUUUCUUCCGGAGGCUUUCGGAAAACUUCACGGCUUAGUUGUGCUCAACCUUUCAACCAAUCAGCUAGAGGUUAUUCCUGAUUCAAUAGCUGGGCUUGAAAAUCUGGAGGAGCUUAAUCUUUCUUCCAACCUUUUGGAGUCCUUGCCAGAUUCCAUUGGUUUGUUACUUAAUUUGAAGAUCCUAGAUGUAUCAGGAAAUAAGUUGAAGGCACUACCUGAUAGCAUUUGCCAUUGCAGAUCACUGGAAGAACUGGAUGCAAGCUUCAACGAUCUGACAUAUUUACCAACAAACAUUGGGUAUGAACUAGUUAAUCUAAGAAGGCUCUCAUGCCACCUCAAUAAGAUCCGUUCCCUACCGACUUCCAUUUGUGAGAUGACGACUUUGCGUCAUUUGGAUGUCCACUUCAAUGAGCUCCGUGGCCUGCCACAUGCUAUUGGGAAGUUGACAAAUCUGGAGGUCCUAAAUCUGAGUAGCAAUUUUAGUGACUUGAUAGAGCUUCCUGACACACUUGGUGAUCUGACGAAUCUUAGGGAACUUGACCUGAGCAACAAUCAAAUCCAUGCCCUUCCAGACACCAUUGGUCGACUGGACAAGCUAACCAAGCUAAACUUGGACCAAAAUCCACUUGUCCUUCCUCCGAUGGAGGUUGUGGCCGGAGGAGUCGAAGCUGUCAAAGAGUUCAUGGCGAAGAGGUGGAUUGAUAUCCUGCUGGAGGAAGAACAAAAGAGCAGGCUCGAAGAAAACAACGAAGCUCAGACUGGAUGGCUGACUCGUAGCACCUCAUGGUUGAAUGGUUGGGUUUCCGUUGUUUCAGAGAGUGUGACAGGAUAUUUGGGAGCUGGAGAAAGAUCUCCAAGGGACCCAUAUCUUGACCAACAAUUGUGAAUGAUCCCCAUUGACGUGCGUGUCACUAAACUUCUCUGUAGCAUGUACAGCUGAUUAUGAGAUGAAUUGGUAUGUAGAUAAGGAAAAAACACAUGUUCAAUUCCUAAAAAAACUUGCUAGGUAAAUGAUUGUUUUAACAGUUUUGCAGACUUGUUGCUUUAGAUUGAUUAGAUGCCUUCGUAAUGGCCAUAUAAUAAUAUAAAUGCUGUGCAUAUCCCAUACGGAAUUUCGAUGUGCUUUUUUUGUGUACCCUGGAUUUUUUAUUCAUGAAUGAAGGUCAUUCAAUUCAGUAUUUCCA